GAGUGGUGUAUAAAUCCCCUUCUCUGGCAUAUCCCUCAGCACGGCGGGACGGGAGACCCUGGCACUUCGGUCCCCGGGGCACAAGCUGCAGCCUCUGGUCUUUGGGUUGCUGGGACUUUGAACUCCUCGGCCCCGCUGCCCAGUCCCCGCUAGCUCGUUUCCAUAGGGGGCUCCCGGGCAUUUCUUGGUGGGUGAUUCCUCUGCUCCCGCUGCUGCACCAGGAUGUCGGAGAAACGCGCGGAGGAGGCGCCAGCAGAAGUGGGUGCCAAGGAAGUUGGUGGUGUCUUGAUAAUAGCCAGGAGUGCUGGUAGCAUAGGAUCUGAGGAAUUGAAAGAAAAGAAGGAAAAACUGGAGGAGAAGACUGUGUGCAAAGAAAAGAAGAAGGAGAUAAUAGAGGAUGAGGAAAAUGGUGCGGAGGAGGAGGAGGAGAAUCCUGAGGACGUGGAUGAAGAAGAGGCAGGAGACGAGGAUGAAGAUGGAGAUGAGAAUGGGCAGGAGCAGGACGGACAUGCAGCAAAACGAUCUGCAGAGGAAGAAGAGGAGGAUGAAGUUGAUCCAAAGAGACAGAAGACAGAAAAUGGGUCUUCAGCUUGAGUCCUCUCUUCUUAUCCUUUUCUGCUCCAUCUGUCUCUCCUCCCUCCAUUCCAGCCUGUGCUUGCACUGUCACUUAGCCUCUGGCUUCACACAGUCUCAGAUGAGGAAGGAUUAGA